AUGGAAACAGGUUCUUCCGGUAACCAGUCAUGAUUGGGUUUUGAACUAAAAUGCCAAAGUGUGAAACAGAAACGAAAAGAACCAACGACUGGUUUCAGACUCCAUAGACUUUGCUUUAACGGACCCCUUUCUCUCCCCUUUCCUAUGGUCUCCAUGAACAGGUGAUUGAUGUUUUCCAGCUAUUUGUUUCUGGAAAUUGAAGGGUUGAUCUCAACUUUGGCCUCAAAAUUGAGCUAAACAGAAUGCUAAAAUGUGAUCAAUAACUACCGAGUUACAGGGUUUGCUAAAGUUGGAAAUAAAGUCUCAUCAGUAAGAUUGCGCCUUGUGAUAUGGAGGCUCAUGUCGUUGGCCAGAGUUCAUCAACAUCAUGCAAAUGUUAUAAAGUGUCAAACCUGACUCAGACAAUUGUGAAUGCUACUGAAAUUUCAAAUUUGAAAGAUCGGUAUAUUCUCGGAGAGCAAUUAGGAUGGGGCCGAUUUGGUGUCAUAAGGGCAUGCAGAGAUAAGGUGACCGGUGAUGUUUUGGCUUGCAAAUCUAUUGCUAAAGAUAGAUUGAUCACCCUCGAUGAUGUGCGCAGUGUGAAGCUUGAAAUUGAAAUAAUGACAAGGUUAUUUGGGCAUCCAAAUGUUGUAAAUCUCGAGGCGGUGUAUGAGGAGGAUAAUGAUGUGCAUCUAUUGAUGGAGCUGUGUGCAGGUGGAGAGCUUUUUCACCAGCUUGAGAAGCUCGGAAAGUUCUCAGAAUAUGAUGCUCAAGUUAUUUUUAGGCAUCUAAUGCAAGUGGUUCAGUAUUGUCAUGACAAUGGCAUUGUCCAUAGAGAUUUGAAGCCAGAGAACAUUCUCUUAGCUACCAAAUCCUCUUUAUCGCCAAUCAAAUUGGCAGACUUCGGGCUUGCAACAUACAUCAAACCAGGGCAAAAUUUGCACGGAACAGUUGGAAGUCCAUUUUAUAUUGCUCCUGAGGUACUAAUUGGAGGAUAUAACCAGGCUGCUGAUUUAUGGAGUGCUGGUGUCAUUCUUUACAUUCUUCUUAGUGGGAUGCCUCCAUUUUGGGGGAAGACUAAAUCUAGGAUCUUCGAUGCAGUUAGAGCUGCAGACCUACGGUUCCCUCGUGAUCCUUGGGAUCAAAUAUCGGCAUCUGCAAAGGACUUGAUAACUGGAAUGCUUUGUGUGGAUUCUUCAAAGAGGCUCACCGCUGCACAGGUUUUAGCUCACUCCUGGAUGCAGGAUUGUGGAGAGCCAGUACAAGAAAUCUACAAGCAGGACAACCUUGACUUUGCACAGCUAGAAAUGGGUGGAGAGUCUUUCUCUAUCCCAGUAAUUAAGAGGGAGCACGAUUAUAGUUUCAACUAUUCUUCACCUGUAGUUGGUGAAGGUCAAGCGGAGCAAUCUCCUACCUUCACAUCUUCAUUUUCUUCAAUGCCAGUUGAGGCUGAAUCUGGAGGUUUCUCUUUUAGCAUCUGUGAUGAAUCAGGUGUAACAGAGCUCCCUUCCCCAAUCCCAUCCAUGUUAAGCUUUACCUUCUUCGGUCCAAAUCCUGCAGUUGAGGAGGGAGAGGCUUUAUUUGGUUUUUGUGAGGCUGAGUCAAAAAGGGAUAGUAUUCAUGGAGAUGGAGAGCCAACCUUAGGAAAGCCAUUUGUAUUGCCGGAGACCUCUCUUUUUGUAAAGCGUGGAGUGGGAGAAAUGCAGAGGACGAAUGGAUCAAGAGUUUCCAGCAGAAGGAAUCAUACCAUUGGACUCGGGGAGCUUGAUCAACUCAAUAUUAUAGUGACAGAGUCAGUCAUCCGCUGGGCAUCCUGCACACAAAUUCCAACUGCCCCAUCACUUAGAUUAUCACUUGUUUGCUAGAAUGGAUACACAAAGUGGACCAUCAAGUGACUAUCAAGACGAUAGGACUUGUUUGACUUUAGUUUAUGGAAUUACGAUUUUUGCUUUCUGUUUGCUAAGUGUAAGAUAUCAUGACCAGUGUUUGAAAAGUAAUAACCAAUUUCUAACA